AUGUCGCAACAUCCCUCGAGGGGUGGCCCGCCGAAUUAUGGCAGCGGUCCGAGCGGUUGGCCACCAACUAGUCGGGCAUCAGCCCCGAGUCCAUUCCGGCCGGCGUCGCCAUUCAGUCCAGCGACUCAAGCACGCGGAGUGCCGCUGGCAUUUCAUCAUCAACAGCAGCACAUGCAUCAUCCGAUGAGUCCGAUUUCUUUCGGCAUGCCCAUGUCACCGGGCAUGUCACCGGUUUUCGGCGGACCACCGGCAUCGCCUGGUUUCAUACAGUGUCCGCGGCCGCGUUGGCCAGCGCCGGCCGCACCACCGGCCAACGCCGCUGCUCGGCCGUUUAUUCCGAUAUCGCCGAUGCACCAGCCGCAGCCGGCAACGAUCCCCUCGGCGGCCGUUUGCCAGUCACCGCUGCAGCCGUGCGGACCACCCGAGUUCCUGAUAGCGGCUUAUCAGCCCGGCGAGUACGAGUACGUCGGCGUACCGUUGGAUCAUCAGCAUCGCUCGCUCCAUCGCAGCGAGUACGACGACGAAGUGGACGAAGUCGGACCUAGCACGGCCGAGAUCAUAGCGAGUCAGAGUCAGGAUUACGUGGAUGAAAAGUUGGCCGAGUACCAGGCGACGAUUCAUCAGCUUCAGGGUGAGUCAUCGACGUGA